AUGAAGAAGCAAAACGUCCGGACCCUAUCGUUGAUCGUCUGUACGUUCACCUACCUCCUCGUUGGCGCUGCAAUCUUCGACGUCCUCGAGUCCGAGACAGAGAAAAGACGCAAAGAAGCUUUGGAUGCUAUUGAAAGAAUGGUCAUAAAUAAAUACAACAUAAGCACGGAGGACUACAAGAUUAUGGAAACCGUGGUAUUAAAAUAUGAACCACACAAGGCUGGUAAGCAGUGGAAGUUCGCUGGAGCGUUUUACUAUGCAACCACAGUGCUCACCACUAUCGGUUACGGACACUCGACGCCAAAUACGAUAAGCGGGAAGCUCUUUACAAUGUUCUACGCGAUCGUCGGAAUACCAUUGGGCCUCGUGAUGUUCCAGAGUAUAGGAGAACGGGUGAACAAGUUUUCCUCGGUCGUAAUACGCAAUGUUAAGCGGAUUCUCAACUGCAAGGACAUUCAGGCCUCGGAAAUCAACCUAAUUUGUGUGGUGACGACCCUUUCGAUCCUGACCAUCGCAGGCGGUGCCACCGCAUUCUCUAGUUAUGAGGGCUGGUCCUACUUUGACUCUGUCUACUAUUGCUUCAUCACCUUAACUACCAUUGGGUUUGGUGAUAUGGUAGCUUUGCAGAAAAAUAGGGCACUAGAAGAAAAACCUGAGUAUGUCAUGUUCGCUCUGAUCUUUAUUCUCUUUGGACUGGCCAUCGUGGCUGCUUCGUUGAAUCUUCUGGUGCUCAGAUUCGUAACGAUGAAUACAGAGGAUGAGAAAAGAGACGAAGCUGAAGCUCUGCAGGCUGCUCAGGGUGCGGUGCGACUGGAGGGCGACGUGAUAACGGCGAACGGCUCGAUAUUAUCGGGUCACUUGGGUAAUCAGGGUGACACUAUCUCCUUGGACGACGACGGAGCGUCGGUCUGCAGCUGUCGAUGCAGCGGUUUUUACAAGAAACGACGGAGACCGCGCUUUACUGUUCGUCGCUCGCCCGGAAAGAUAUCACAUCUGCUUCCGAUGCAGCAACUUCCGUCUCUGAACGACAGAAACGACCUUCGGCCUCCGCCCUUAACGCCACUCUUGCAGCUUCCCCCGAUAUACCAGCACAGGGCCAGCAUCUAA